ACCAAUAGCAAACCGCUAACAAGCCGACCUAAGAGUGUAAAAAAAAUUAUAAAAAGGACAAGAAAUCUAAGAGUUUCAUACCAAAAUAUUCAGCCUAAAGAAAAAUGGCUCCGAUUUCAAGCCCCCACUUCAUAAUUUUCCCUUUCAUGUCUCAAGGCCACACCAUUCCUCUUCUCUAUCUCGGCCGCCUCCUCCGGCGGCGUGCUAUCGACGUCACUAUUUUCACCACCGCCGGAAACUCUCCAUGCAUCCGGGCUAUUCUCCAUGACACUGACAUCAAACUUGUUGAACUCCCAUUUCCACAAGAAAUAGAUGGUGUACCUCCUGGUGUUGAAAACACUGAUAAAUUGCCAUCCAUGGCUAGUUUUCUCCCUUUUGCUAUUGCUACAAAAUAUAUGCAGCAUGAUUUUGAAAAAGCCAUUCAAAAUCUUCAGCCUGUUUCCUGCAUCAUAUCUGACACAUUUCUUGGCUGGACUCAACAAUCUGCUGCAAAAUUUGGGAUUCCCCGGUUGGUUUUUUCCGGCAUGGGAAUUUUUUCCACCACCGUGUGUCAAAUAAUGAAUAGAGAUAGGCCACAAGCCAGAGCAGUUUCCCCGGAUAGUCCAUUUCUGAUACCUGAUUUUCCUAAACUGAAGUUGACAAGAAAUGACUUUGAUCCACCUCUCUGUGAGAUUGAUCCCACUGGACCAUGGGUAGAUUUCAUGGCGGAGCAAAUCCUUGCCAAGGUGAAAAGUCAUGGCUUAAUUGUCAACAGUUUUAAUGAGUUAGAAUCUAGCUAUGUUGAUUAUUGGAAUAAGAAAAUGGGGCCAAAAGCUUGGUGUGUUGGGCCACUCUGUUUAGCAAAACCACCUUCUACGGCUGCCCUGGAGAAACCACUGUAUAUUCAAUGGCUGGAUGAUAAAUCUGCGAAAGGUGAAAUAGUUUUAUACGUUUCAUUUGGGACACAGGCAGAAGUUUCAGAAGAACAAUUACAUGAAAUUGCUAAGGGUUUAGAAAAAUCCCAGGUGAGUUUUCUGUGGGUUUUGAGGUCAAAAGGAUUGGAAAAUUUAAAGGGUUUUGAAGAGAGAGUGAAAACAAGAGGAUUGAUAGUGAAAGAAUGGGUCGAUCAAGUGGAAAUCUUAAAUCAUAAUGCGAUAAAAGGGUUUUUGAGUCACUGUGGAUGGAAUUCAGUUAUGGAAAGUUUAUCUGCUAAUGUGCCAAUUUUAGCAUUUCCAAUGAUGGCCGAGCAACACCUGAAUGCUAGACUUGUAGCGGAGGAAAUCGGUGUAGGACUGAGAAUUAUGCCGUCAAGUGGGUCUAUCCGGGGGUUCGUGGCGGCGGAGGAGUUGGAGCAAAUGGUGAAAGAGUUAAUGGAAGGGGAAAAGGGUAAGGCGGUGAGAAGGAAAGUGGAGGAAACUAGAGACGCUGCAUGCGCCGCCACCGUAGACGGCGGUUCUUCUUGGCACACGCUCAAUGUCCUUAUUGAUGACGUUUGUGGGAAAAGAUUUGCACAACCUUAUUCUCACUUAUCCAAAAAUGAAGAAUUUUUGUGUUGCCAAGGGGGCAAAGAUUUACCUGCCAUUCAUACUAAUUGAAGUUGCCCUUAAAAUUAUGUCAUUAUUAUAAUUAAUGUUAUUGGGAAUGGUUCAAUUUACGAAAUGUCAUCCGAGGCUCAACUGUUCCUUUGUGAGGUUGAGAAUGUAGUCUUUGAAUAUAUAGACUUCGAAUAUCAGUAUUUGAAAUGCCAUAGGAGAUAUAUUCUCCUUGGUAAGUUCUUAAGGCCUCGUUUGAUGUAUAGAUGUUUUAAAAUAGAUUUUGCGAAAA